AUGUGGUUCUUCUACCUGAGAUCGGCACUGUCUAACCCCGGACAGCUGCCCUGCUACACAGAGCAGUACAACCUGGUCAUGAAGCAGGUCAUCGACAGUGACCAGGACACAGGCAGGUCGGCGCUGGGGCCCCUGUGCCACAAGUGUCAGCUGCUCCGACCACUCAGAGCAGAGCACUGCAGCGUUACCAACCACUGUGUGGCCGCCUUCGACCGCUACUGCCCCAUAGUGUCCAACACCAUAGGCUACAACAACAGAGGACUGUUCCUCCUGUUCCUGGUGCUGUUUGCCUGGAACUGUUGGGUGAUAUCUUUCCUCGGAGUGGUGUGGCUCCGCAAGUUUGGAUUCCAGGCCAUGUUCUUUAUCACCGUCCUCUUUCUGGUCCUGAUUGCCACAGUCUUAUCUCUAAGAGUCUUCUACACUUUACUCCUCGCAAUGGCGAAUCUGACCACGUUUGAGACAAAGAACUACAAGCAGCUGAGUUACCUGCGGGUGACAGCUGGCCACCUCUCUAACCCCUUCCACCGCGAGGUCAAGGUCAACCUACUGGAAUAUUUCCACUUUGUCCAGCCGCUGACCCAACAGGACAUCAAGACCCAACUUCAGCAAAACCAAGCGUAA